AUGUCGAGACUGGCAAACCGUGCCGACUGGGCCGACGACGAGGAGUUUGAUGACCCCUCCGCCCUCCCCGCACAGCAAGUCACAACCAACAAGGACGGAACGAAAACUGUCGUGUCGUAUCGCUUCAACGAUGAUGGCAAAAAAGUGAAAGUGACGCGGCGGAUCCGCACCACCGUCGUGAAGGAGCACGUCAACCCUCGAGUCGCGGAACGGAGAACAUGGGCCAAGUUCGGUCUGGAGAAGGGCCAUGCUCCCGGCCCAUCGUUUGACACCACCUCGGUCGGCGAGAACAUUGUCUUCCGUCCCAGCGUCAACUGGAAGGCGCAGGCCAAGGAGGCGGAGAAGGAAGGCGAGAAGGGCGGCAUCAAGGACCAGCUGAAGGACAAGAAGGUCAAGUGCCGGAUUUGCAGCGGAGAGCACUUCACGGCUCGCUGUCCGUUCAAGGACACGAUGGCUCCGAUCGACGAGCCUGCUCACGGCCCCGGAGUGGAUUUGGACGACGACGACAGGCCCACGGGCGCUCUGGGCGGUGGUGGAGGAAGCUAUGUGCCUCCUCACCUGCGCAAAGGCGGUGCUGCGGCUGGCGAGAAGAUGGGUGGCAAGUACGAGAGAGACGAUCUUGCGACCCUGAGAGUGACAAACGUGAGCGAGUUGGCAGAAGAGCAGGAACUCCGGGAUCUAUUCGAACGGUUUGGACGGGUCACCCGAGUCUUUUUGGCCCGGGACCGCGACACGCAGAAAGCCAAGGGCUUUGCAUUUAUCAGCUUCGCAGACCGGAACGACGCUGCUCGUGCUUGCGAGAAGAUGGAUGGCUGUAAGUGUCCCCACGAUGGUAUCAUGAGUCUCGGUCAUAUGCUGACAUUAACUCCUCCAGUCGGUUACCGCCACCUUAUCCUGCGCGUGGAAUUCGCCAAGAGGGCUUCUUAA